UACUUUAUCAUACUUUGCAAUUUUCCACAGUAAAUUGGUUUGUAAAAAUAAAAUGUACAAUGAUACAAAUAAACAAUGGGUAGUGGUGAUAUAGCACAAUUAAAAAAAGACUUUACAAUAUUCGAAGAUUUGUCCGAAGUAAAAUUCACUUUAAUUAAGAAAGAAAACUACAAGAACCAGGACCAUUACAAUGCUUUUGGUGAAAAAUUGUGCACUGUGUAUAAAUUAAAUUUCAACGUAUUCAACGUAUUUUAUUGUAUGAAACUAUUAGUCUUUUUUUACGACAAUUCCUGCGAAAUAUUGAAGCUGGAAUUGCAGGUUCAAGAUGCGGAUAUCGAAAAAGAGAUUAUCGUUUGUCGAAAUCGUCUGCAGAGGCACCGGAACGUAAAUUUCACGUUUUUAAUGCUAAAAAAAGUAUCUAGGUUUAUCGAAACACGCAGGCUCAUAUCGGAGAUUAUUUUCAAAAAGGAACCGAGGGUCAAUUUCCAAAAAUCUACCGACGGCACGCUAGAGAUUAAAUACAAAAACGAUUCGCCCGACAUUUUCAUUUCCUUUGGCUGGAAAAUAGAAUGGGACAUUAAAAAUUGUGAUGUAGUUGACGUUAUUGAAGUGUAUUACAACAAUUUCGAAAUUCCUAAUAUGAAUUACAUAAAAGAGUUACUGGUAUCUCUGACUCAUCCGACAUUGGAGUUUUCCGUUAAAUUGAAAUUUUGGAGGCAACUCUUUGAGAGUCUGGGCGAAUACGAUAACCGGUUGCAACCCCCGGUUGUUAUAAGCGAUAACGAGCAAGAGGACAACGUGCUAGUGAUAUCGGAUAGCGAAGAUGAUAGAGAUCGAAACGAAGAAAGGUUUCACAAGAGGAAAAGGCGAAAAUUGCAGCAUAUACCGAAUCCUCAAGUCAUUAACGUAAUCGACUAAUAAAUGUCUAUUAUAGAGUAAUAGUAUUAUUUGCUUGUUUGAUGAGGUGUCUCGAGUUUUGAAAAUGUUUAAUAAAUUUCAGUGGAAGAUUUGUUUUUAUUUUUUAAGAGUUACUUGUAAUCAUUUUAAUGAGACACCUUAUUUCUGGAAUAUUAAUGGAUGUUAUGAAAAUAGUAGUGACAUGAAUGGAUCAUAUGAUUAUUUUUUUUUUGUUUAAUUACAAUUGGUUUUACUUAUUUCUUAUGGUAUUGCUAAAAAAUCCUUUUAUUUUAUGUACUAAAUUAUUUAUUUAUUUAGUAUUUAUUAUUAGAAACUAUUUGCUCAAUUAUUUUUUAUCAAUUAUUGUUUUGUAUAAUUCGUUGUAAAAUAAUAUAAACUGUUUAUAAUAGAAUAAUGUUUUGCAGUCUUCUUUACGAAAAAAGAAAAUUUUAUUGGCAUAUUAUUCGUGGAAAUGUGCGUAAUUCAAUUCUGAAUAACGGUGUGAUAAAGGAUAAAACAUAAAUAAAUAAAUUUAUUGAAUAU